UUAUAUUUCAGGAUACUUGUUACAUGCACUGGAGCGGCAGUAAAUGCGACUGUCUGUGGUCAAACACAACUAAAUUCAAAUACAAAAAUCUGCUGCGGAAGCCUUCCUCAUGCAAGGUUCAUAGGCGGACACGAGUUUGGAUGUUUUCAAGGAUGCUGUCGUGGUGAUAAGGAGCGGUUGUACAAACGCAGAUUGCAAGAGUGUUGCAAUUGUGUCGUGGUCGAUCGCAAGGUUGGUACGGCUCAGGUGUGCCGCGGAACAGAACUGGUGGAUAGGAAUGCCGGAAUACAUAGAUUACGUCAAUGCACAGGACCAAACGGACAAGAAGCAGAAUAUGACCCAAGCAGUUAUGUUUGCUGCACACAAACCGGUCUUAUAAUAGCAAAACCGGGACCAGGGCAAUACUUAUGUCACGAUGAUGGCAUAUAUAAUUCAUAUCUUAUGCAACUGAUACGUCUAAAGAAUGGCUCUCACAUUGUUGUCCAGCAAGGCAUCAACUUAUGUGGGAGUGCUUUUAUCACAACGCAAAGUCCAUUUUAUUACAUCUACUGCUGUGACGGUGUUGUUCCUCAAUUUGAAAAGAGCAAAUGGAAUACUAUGGAAUGUUGUGGGACAAAGACAAGCCAAACAUGCUGCAACAACACUAUUUUCAACGGUGAUCAGAGAUGUUGUCAAGGACAUACACCUUACAUUCUGAAGGCCGAAGAAUGUUGUGAAAACAAGGUCAUCAACAGAUCAAAGGAGCUGUGUUGCAAAAACAAUAUUGUGACAAAGACGCAUCCUUCCCACUACGGAUGUUGCAACAUUAACCGUGCAUGGACAACCUACAAUGAGUUUGAUCCUCCUGAAGAGUGUCUUUUGACACAUAUAAGAAAAACAUUGCGUAACAAUCCGACAAAAACAGGAAGUAGGUCGGGAGGGAAUCAAAUCGCAGAAAGUGUAACUACAGAGAGAAGCCCAUUAGAAGAAUGUCCGUUCACAGAAUGUUUUGAUAGGGAACAGAACAACGUUCAACUUGCAAAAAGUUUUUUGACUUGGACCUUUUUCUUGACGACGUAAAUUUUACGGAUGAUGGAUCAAAUAUUAACGUAACAAUUAUCCAGCCGGAUGAAUUUGUCAACAAGAAAGUCACAAUAUUUUUGCCAUACAUAUGUCCAUGCCUCGACAGUGGCCAUGUGUACACGUUAUUUACAAACAGGGGAUGGGUUCGAAAUUUGACAAUAGACGGAAACCUUGAAUUCACAAUCUGUAAAGCAAAGCUGUACAUACUGGUGUAUUGUGUACCUUAAGGUGCUCAUUGUAAAGUAAAGCUGUACAUACUGGUGUAUUGUGUACCUUAAGGUGCUCAUUGUAAAGCAAAGCUGUACAUACUGGUGUAUUGUGUACCUUAAGGUGCGCAUUGUAAAGCAAAGCUGUACAUACUGGUGUAUUGUGUACCUUAAGGUACUCAUUGUGAAGCAAAGCUGUACAUACUGGUGUAUUGUGUACCUUAAGGUGCUCAUUGUAAAGUAAAGCUGUACAUACUGGUGUAUUGUGUACCUUAAGGUGCGCAUUGUAAAGCAAAGCUGUACAUUCUGGUGUAAAUCCAAGAUUUGAAGCUGAAACAUGUCACAUUAAUCUUGACCUUUUGACAAUGGACAACGAGAUCUUUCGUCACACCUAUUCUUUUUGAAAUGACGCGAAUGAAUACAUAUAAAUACAAAUAUUUUACCGACUACAUAGAUUUUAGCUUCCACAGUCAUGUUCCGGUAUAUUCCAACGACAGUGCACAUGAUAUCUAGGAGAUGGAACGCAUCAGUUGGUCUGAUAGAUGAAUUCAAACCAAAUUGUUUCGGAAACCUUCUUUCUGAACCAAAUAUAUUUUGUCCGAUUUUAAACAUGACAUUGAUAUCGUUAUAAUCUUCGUCUGUAUCGCAGAAUACUUUUUCAAGUGUAUCUUCUGCAUUGAAAACGAUGCAGUCUCUGCAUGUAGAAAUGAUGGUCAACGGACCAAUUAUCGGCUUACCUGAACAUAUCAUAAAUUAUAAAAUAUAAAUCAAAUCAAACACACUAGGAUUCACAUGUAGAAAACAGCAACCCUAUUUUUCAAAAGUAAAGCUUAAGUGUUAAAUUUUGAAAAAUGUUUAAUUAAAGUAACGACUUAUUCAAAAGUGCUCGUAUCAAUUACAAAACAGUUUUAUACAAAUAUUUACAAAGCAAUAAAAAGUGCAAUUAAGUAUCAUUAAACGUGCAAACAUCAAAUAAAUAUGUUAUAAGAAAAUAUAUAAAACAUACCAAAACCUUCGCAAUACCUUAUAAAAUAUGCCAGUAUCCAGAUAUGCAUUUUGAAAUAUGUUCAUAGUCCUGUUCAGUAUUAAUAUAAUAUCUUCCUUCUUUCAAUAGGACGAACAUUGAUCAUGCGGUAAUUGACAUUAAAACACAUUUUAUUCAUCACAUGCCUGACUUACAUUUAAAACAUUAGUUGUGAGAAAUAGCUUUACAUUUCAUCGAUUCAUUGACGAUAACAUUUGUUGGUGAUCCCAUUAACACAUGACUGAAAAUCAAAUAUUGAUAUACUAAUCGCCGUUUGCAUGAGGUUCUUUAUUUCAAUUGAUAUUGGAGUAAGCUGGCCUAUUUUACAGUCAUAUAAGACACAAAAAAUAAUAUUUUAAUAUUAUUUUCGGUAUAAUGUCGACAUUAACAUUUUCAAAAAACAAUUUCAGUUGUGGUAGCUGCCUUGUUUUCCAUAAUGGGCAUGCUAUAUCCCUAGUAUCUCGUUAAAAAACUCGAUUCGUCAACGUAUUCAGUAGACUAUAUAACAUCAUUUCAGCAUCCAAAUAUAAUUCAAUUGGAAAUAAAAUUAUUUAACGUUUCCCUUUCCAUGCCCUUAUCUAUGAGCGAUCGUAAAAUUACAGAAAAACUACUGUAUGGUAGUUUUUGUAUGUAUUUUCCUAUUUGUGUUGCUCUAGUUACACCAAGCCUUUAAAGCAAAAUAGAUUUGUCCACUGGACUUACAAUCACAGUGUCAAGAGCUCGAUCCCAUGUCUGCCUAUGACGUUCCAUGACAUUCAAAAUGGGUCUUUUGUCUCAUUCCACUUAUUGUUACAUGUGUAAAGUAGCCAGUGACUUGCGAAUGGUAAGAACAAAAAUAAAUACGGUUAAUGACAUACAGGAAUGGUCUAUACAUAUGACCGUCUGAUAAUAACCCCAACCGUGCUUGACCGACAUGACACCGAAAACAAAGAACAUUUAAUACAAUAAACCGUGUAUAUGUAGAUUAUAGUGAAAAUAAUUUAAGCUUUGUUCUAGAAAAUGUGAUGACUACUUUAAACUAAAAAUCAUUCUUAUAAUCGAUUGACCGUGGAAAUUCAUUUACAUUGGUAGACAUUGUACUCAACCUUGAAAUGGUCCACCAGAAACCGCUACAAUUAUUAAAACAUCAGGUUUAGUGAAUACUCCUACACACACGAGAUAACAUUCUGUUCUGCCCUUUGAAGCAUUUAACUAAAGGCCGGGAUGAGGUUUGUAAUGACGAAUAUCAGGAAAUGGGAGGCGAAUAUUGCUUUCCACUAAAGUUAAUAAUGUCCCAACUGCAGACUGUUUUGACUAAUCACCCACAUUUGAUAAAUAAACAUGUGGUUAACAAGCUUUUAAACAUGCUCCUUUCUCAAACUCUGUUUGCGGCUGUUAUGUUUAACCUUAUAAGCAAUUUCAAGUUGUUUGCAUUUGAAGAGAGUUGCCGUAGUGUUUGUUUAUUAAAUAAAGUUGGUUAGGUCAUAUCAACAUAUUAAUUACACAUCAAGAGCUUGAGAACAAAGGUUUGAAGACGGAGUACUUAUCAUAGUUUCAUAACCUCUGGGCCCGUUUACAGAACGAGUUAGGACCUGUUUCAGAACAAGUGAUUUUUACUAGUAUCAACUUAAUUCUUAGGGCCCGUUUCAGAAUAAGUUAUGUUUACAACCAAUUACUGGUUUCUUGAGGCAAAUUUUCAGAGCGAGUUUGCUUUACUGCAAUCAACCGAUUUCUUCCAUGAUUUAGAUUUGCUGUUCAUCUCCAAUCAUCAAACAUGAAUAGUUUCUUAUUGAAGUGAGAACUCUCAUUCAGUGCCCUAGAUUUAACAGUUAAAAACGCCAGACCAAACGCCUUAUAGUAC